UUCAAAAUGUAAACACACCGAACUGAGUGUUUCUAUUUAGUUUUUUCAUUUCGAAUUCUUUUAUGAAGAAAAAUCGUAUAAAAUGUUUCGAAUAGUGUUCAGGUCAAAUUCCCUCUUACUUCCUGCUGAAUGCAGACGAAACUCAGUUCGACUGUUCAUUUCGAGCGAAAAUUCAUCAAAGCCGCAACAAGUCAAUACCGUAGAAUUGAUUGGCAAAAUUCACAAGCAUCUAUUCACUUUACCAUCCGGUUACAAGAUGCUGAUUCUUCAAACCAAAGAGCUGGACAACAAAUAUUUUUAUCAUAUGGUUGGAACAGGCACAACGAUGAGAUGUGAAGCUGGGCAGCGAGUUCAUCUCAUCGGAAGAAUAUGUUCCCAGAAUUAUUGGACAGAGGAAAAGAAGCUGCGACAGAAAAUUGUCAUUAAGACUGGUGAAUUGGAAUUUUUACCCAAAUCUGUGGAUAUUCAGUCGGAUAAAAAUCAUGUGCAACUUUGUUCACAAAUCUAUUCUGAUAUUGAAAAUACCAGACACCACAGCGCUUUUACAAUGACCACACAUCAUACGACCAAGGGAGGUGUGAGCGCUGGCAUUUACGUAGCUGAAAACCAUAGGAUUUUAAUUCGAGAACCAUCGCUGCUUGACUUCGUACGAAAUGAUCUAAAAAGAUUGGAUUGGAUUCGGAUUGAAGGACAAAUCAGCUACACAUUCUCCAGAAAUUCGAAACUACAACUGAGAUCGUCUGGUUACAUUUUAGCAAAUAGCAUAACAAAAGAGAACACGAAUCCAUCAUGAGAGGAAAGAGCGAAUCGCUUGCAGAGAAUGUGUUGAUAUGGACUUCAAUCGUCAUACAAAUGAUAUUGUACAGUUUUUGUUCGGAGCAAUUGUUACAGCUGAAAAUAAAAUUAAAUCUUUGGAAACAUUGUAA